GGCGUUUGCGCACGUCACACAAAAUAGUAGAUCUACAUGCACGCUAACCUGUCUUUUAGGUUAUGAAAAUAACACCGGCAACAGUUAUAUUUUACAAGUGAGGCUGGAGUUAGCGGAAACUCAGUUUGACGCUUGCUGGGUGUUGCACUUCCUCUUCGGGGGGGUCGCUGAAAGCUGAGGCCUUCUGAGGACGCCGACAUGCCGAGGCUCAUAGAUUCACUGCAGUCUGGACUGGACUUCCUUGACUUUCUGGGAAACCGAUUGUCCAGAUACAAAAAAAUAGAGCUGCGAGAAAUCUAUAACACCGAGUUUAGGUUCAGAGAAGGAGCAAAACAUCCCAACUUUUCCAAUGUUGUUUUUGCUCUUAUGAAAUUCAACCAUGUCUACCUAAAAAAGGGGAAACUCUACAGAAAUGUCGAUCCUAAUGUCAGGGUGUCCUCUGACCAGCGGUCUCCCCCCAAACCCCGCCAUAGAGCUCAGGGGAAAACAGAGUCAGCUCCUCGCCCUGCACCAAACCCAGAUCCUGGGCUGUCCCCCAAGAAGAAGCCAGCAGCAGAAAUCCUCCAAAGGAUGAAGACCAACAGGAAAGGAAUGAUUUCCGAUAAGGGGGGAAUUAAAAUCGAAUCAGACCCGAAAGGAAGUGAUGGGGAAGUUCAUCUUUCUGUUGCUUUUGAAAAGCAGCCAUUUGUCAUUAAGUUCACCAUUCAAAACACUGGGCCACACAUGGUCAACUUCAUCAACUACACAGUCCUAGACAGAGUUCGCUGUUUCAACUUAAAUGAUCAAAGGAAAGUGACUAAAGCCAACCCACUGCUCCUGUGUCCUGGUGAAAGCUAUGAUGUUUCUGUUUGUUACAUCCUUAACGAGUGCGGAUAUUUCCCAGCCACAGUCUACUUUGAGUUCCAGCUGGACCAGCCAAAGCCAGUGACCUUUUGUAUUGUCAGGGAGAUAAAAGCAGAGGUAAAGACCUCGCUAGGGGCCGAACUGGGACCUGUAUCUCCAUAUAAACGUUUUCAGAAAGUCAAAUCCAAACCAGCGUUUAGAGAGGUGGUUGAGGGAUUCCCACCGCCAAGUUCUACUGUUCAGCAAAUGGAAACCAUCGUGAAAUUAGGAGAUAACAAGUACUCCAACUUCCUGAAAGAACUGGCCCGUACACAAAUGGAGGAUUCCAAUUACCUUUCUCCAACUGCCAGACAGCAACUUGCACCAUUAAAGAAGCUUCUUCAGUCUUCUUUAGACAUGAAGAACUACUCCCGUCGGUUUCACCUUCUGCUUCACUUGGAAGAGAUACAGAUGGAAGUGGACAUUGGAAACUAUGACCUCCACAAUCAAACCAUGACCAAAGAUCAAGGCAACGGGAAACUUCUCACACUCAAAGUUCCUGGUGUUGCUGAAAAUCGUCCUUCUGUCCUGCGAGGAGACUGUCUGAAGGUGACAAAAUCUCAGCAGACGGGCUAUUCAGUCACGGUGUACAAUGGAUAUGUUCACAGAGUAGAGCUGGACAGGGUAAAGCUGGGCUUCUCCAAAAGGUUGUUGGAUACUUUUCUCCCCAAUAUGAAGUUUGACGUGGAGUUCACCAUCAACAGGUUGACCAUGAAGCUGCAGCAUCGAGCAGUGGACCUGGCAGUAAAACACGAGCUCGGGGAGAUGCUUUUCCCUUCUGAUACAGCAGUACCAAGUUUUUCUAUCACUAAACUAAGCAUGUUUAACCGCAAACUAGAAAACAACCCGCAGCAGCGUAAAGCAGUGGAACACAUCAUUGCUGGAUCAUCAAAGCCUGCUCCCUACAUCAUCUUUGGGCCACCUGGAACUGGAAAGACAAUCACUGUGGUUGAGGCGAUUAAUCAGGUUACCAGGGUAGACCCAUCUUCACACAUCCUUGCAUGUGCACCUUCAAACAGUGCAUGUGACCUGCUUUGUGAGAGGCUGAAAGCUCACCUCAACUCCAAUCAGCUGUACCGCAUGUACGCCAGUAGCAGAGACCCAAACACUGUCCCACCAGGCCUACUGAAACACAGCAACUGGGAUGAAAAAAACGAUUGUUUUGUUUUUCCAAAGAAGGAAUUUCUGAUGAAAUAUAAAGUUAUUGUGACAACUCUGUUCACAGCAGGCAGGUUUGUGACUGGAGGGGUUCCUGUUGGACAUUUUUCUCAUGUGUUUGUGGAUGAAGCUGGUCAAGCAGAAGAGCCACAGUGCAUUAUUGCAAUUGCAGGUUUGCUCUCUCCAAAAAACGGUCAGCUGGUAUUCGCAGGAGAUCCCAAACAGCUGGGACCAAUCAUUCGAUCUUCUCAUGCCCUACAGUCUGGUCUUGGUCUUUCUCUGUUGGAGAGGCUGAUGAAUCGUAAACCUUAUCAGGAUCUUGAUUCUCGUUUUGUCACAAAACUGCUGCAGAACUACAGAUCGCAUGCUGCCAUUCUGAAGAUCCCCAACGAGCUGUUCUACAACGAUGAAUUGCAGGUUUUUGCAGACCAGUUGGAGCGUGAAACUUAUUGCAACUGGGAAGCCCUUCCCCAAAAGGGUUUCCCAGUGAUUUUCCAUGGUGUGCUGGGAAAAGAUGAAAGAGAAGCCAAUAGUCCAUCUUUCUUCAAUGUGUCAGAGAUCGAGACGCUGGUCAUGUAUCUCAACACGCUGGAGCAAACGCAGGGAAAGAAGGGUCUUCCGCAGCUGUCUGCCAAAGACAUCGGGAUAAUCACCCCCUACAGGAAACAAGUUGAGAAAAUCAGAAAGGCGCUGAAGUCUCUGAAAACACUGAAAGACCUCAAAGAACUCCAGGUAGGAUCUGUCGAGGAGUUUCAGGGCCAGGAGAAAAAGAUCAUCAUAAUCUCCACAGUGCGUAGCAGUCUCAGCUACGUUAAGAUGGACACAGACUUUAAUAUAGGGUUCCUUUCAAAUGAAAAGAGGUUCAACGUGGCCAUGACAAGAGCAAAGUCUCUUCUUAUAGUCAUAGGGAACCCUGUGAUCCUCAGAAAGGACCCUGUAUGGCAGAAAUUUAUCCACUACUGUGUGGAGAUGAAGGGCUACAAAGGUGUUGAUUUCAAUAAUGUGGAUGAGGAAGAUCUCUUUGAGGCCAAAAUGGCAGCCCUGAAAAUCACUGACUCUGAAUGUCCUGCUGAAGAGAUGAGUGUCUUCCAGCAGCAUGUGGAUCCUGGAUGGAAGAAUGAACAUUAGACUCUCAAAUUUUCAACUGCAUCUUUUUAAAGGACAGAGAUUUUUGUUCCAACGAGAUGUCUAGCAAAUCUUCUCCUUUCCCCCUCUCCUUCUGCAUCUAUUGUAGCGCACACAAUUUAAAGUGUAUUUAAAGGAAAUUAUGCAAGUAGGUUUGACUUUUUACACCUUUUGACCCUUCAGUCUUUAAAAAAAGCACAAAUAAAUAUUGCUACACAGAUCAAGAUGUUAAUUUCUUCCACUGAUACAUAUCACUUUUUCCUCACUGAUGCUCUCACUUGUCAAGCCUUACUCAUGAACUUUCUAUGCAUUUCUUAUCUAAGGGCUAAACAUGAAUAAACUUUUUUGAAACACUGUACAUUAAA